AUGCUUGAUCGUCUUCAAGACCAAAGUGCGCCUGACCUACUCAACCUUCAGCAAAGCUAUGAUCAGGCGGAAGUAAAGUACGGCGUAACCAACGAGCCGGCCAAGGUAUUACUCAGUAUAUCUCGCCACUACGAAAAGGUGUGCCGUGCCUUCACAGGAAGCGUCUUCACAUGCAGCAGCAUGGUCACGCAGAGCGGUGAAAGCAUGAAGUCUGUCAUCAAAGAGAAUGGUAAUAUGCUUAGUAUUGCAGUCAGUGAUAGUUUCAUAGGGUUCAAGGAAUAA